AUGAUCAAAUCACCUGCUAAACUAUUCUUCACAAUUGCAUUGAUAGUCAUUGUCUAUUCUUUAAUUUUCUUAUUAUUCAAGGGAACAAGCAACCAUUCACAACUAUACGAAAGUGAUGAGAAAGCAGCCGAAACACCUCUAACCAACAAUGUUCCAACAAGAACAGAUAAACAAGGAGUUUCGGAAGAAGAAAAACCCAUUCAAUCUUCAUCAGACGAAAUAGGAUUUGGAGAAGCUGACGAAGAAACCACUGAAAUUCCAACAGGACUUGCUCCAAUCUAUCCUAAAUUUGCCAAACUAAUCCUUUCGUAUGACUUUCGUAAAAAAGGAACCUACGGAUGGUAUUUACAUAAAUUACUAACUAAACAUUCCAUUGGAAAUCAGCAAUUCCCUUCAAAAAAGAAGAGAAAACUAAUUCAAUUCGGAUUUGGAGAGAAAUUAACAACUCAUCCGAAUUGGUUUGGAUUUUUCAGGAAAUUUAAUAAUACGCAUUGUAGACAAUCGAAUUGUGAAUCAUUUCCAUUGGAAGAUUCCAGAACUUUCUUCUCAAAGAAUCAAAGUUUGGGAAUUUAUUUGGAUGCAAAUAUUGAACAUUACGAAUAUAAAGAUAGAGGAUUGGGAUUAGCAAUGGCUAAGGGAGAGGAAAAGGUUAGAAGAAAAAUGGAUAAAUUUAUGAGUGAGAAUCAAUCACUACAUGAUGAGGAGAAUCUAUCUGAAAAGUUUGAUGAGGAAUUUGCAUUGAAAAUGUGGUUGGCAAUGAGGCCAUUGAAUAUUCUGUUGAAUAAUGAAGCAAAUGCAUUGAGUGAAGUGGAAAAGAGUGAUAAUAAUGAGAAGGGACAUAUGGAUAUGUCAAUGUGUUGGAGUAGAAAGUGCUCCAUUUGGACAACCUAUUUCUAUACCAAGAUGAAUUUGGAAUUUCAAGAAAAUGAUUCAGGAAAAAUACCAAAACAUUGUAUCUGUUCAUUUAUUAGUAAUUGUGUUGAGGAGAGAUUGAAAGUUGUGAGAGAAAUUAAUGCAAUCACUCCUGUCACUCAAUAUGGCACAUGUGAAAGAAAUGCACAAGAAGGAAAGGGAGGUAAAAUCCAAGAAUUAGCUGACAAUUGCAAAUUCUACAUGGCCUUUGAGAAUACCUUGAGGGAUGAUUACAUUACUGAGAAAUUCUUUGAGGGUUUCAUGCCACUUGGUUUGGGAGGAAAAACAAUUUCCAUCUAUAGAGGAGCUUUCAAUGUUGGAGAUUAUGGAUUCAAAAAGGAUAGUUUCAUUAAUUUCCAUGAUUUUCAAACCCCAACUGAAUUGGCAAACUUUAUCAAACCAUACUGUGAGAGUGAUAUAAAGUUUGCCAAGCUUUUCCAGCAACGAAUGAAUGAACAGACUAAAAAAUCCAUUAAGGAAAUGACAUUGAAAUUGCAUUUGGCCAAUGUGAUCAAGUCGCCAUGUAAAUUGUGCACAGCCAUUGGUGAAAUGAAACUUUCCAGAUACAUCCUAUUUAAAUUAGGACUCAAACCAAAAUAUUAUAGAGUGAAAAGUUCUGAAUUUACUAAAUUUAUUGCGGAGAUGGGAUAUGAUAAAUUGGAAACAGAUCAAUUGAGAAUUUUGUGGGAUAUUUGGGAUAGAGCUUAUGGAAGAUUAAUUAAACCUGAUAACAAUCAAUCAAAUUGGAAUGAUUAUGACAUUAGUUGGGUGACCUAUGUCAAAGAUCAAUAG